AUGAGGCAAAAACAGUUGGCUAUAGUUGUUAUUAUGGAUCAACAAAGACUAGCUACUAAAAAAAGUCGAGAUCCAACACCAAGUGAGUUGCAUUUGCACGUCCAUACACAUGGUAAUGAUGGAAGAUCUUUUGUUGGUGAGAAAUCUCAAAUCGUACAUGAAAAAUAUCAGGAGAUAUCACAACAACAAACACAGACUCAAUCUGAUAUUGAUCAGUCAACACCUCCAUAUGCUCAAUCAACACCGACAGGGAAUCUGGAUGAGUUAGUGAUGCGAUUGAUUCCUGCACUGACAGAUCAUAUAGUUCCUGUAAUCGUUGAGCGAGUAUGCGAAUUAGUUUCCUUACCCUCGCAUCAGCCAAAUACUGAUCUUACCAACCACCCAUCAGAUAUGGCACCUACAGUUCCUACAUCUUCUACUGCUGCUAACGUUGAUGAGGUUUAUGCAUUGGGUUCCGAUAAUGACCGUAACUCUCCAGCCUCGCAUAGUUAG